CAACCGUAGUCGUCUAUGUUGAGUGUGCCCCCUGCUGCUUCUCUAGAGUUCUGACGUUUUGGUUUAGAGGGAAGAAGAAAAACAAACCACUCUGUUCGUUGUAUCAAAAUAGAAUGUGAUUGCUUCUGCUUUAAUGUAUUCGUUCUAUAAUAGCACGAAUUAUUUAAACGUACAAUCUAAAUAAAUAGCAAACAGAAUUUUACAAAAUAUGGGGCCCCCGAAACGUUUCAAGAAAGAUAAUGACCGCGGCAAGUGGAAAAAGCGGAAAGAAGAUCAAGAUGAGUAUAAUGAAGAUGAUUAUGGUGAGGGUACGGAGACCGAUGGCAUUCCAGAUGCAGCAAAAAAUGAUGUUGAAAAACAGGACGAAAGUGCGAUUGAAGAUGAAUUUGGAGCUAAGGAUUACAGAUCACAAAUGAUAUUAAAAACUGAUCACAGCACUAGACCUCUGUGGGUUGCACCCAAUGGACACAUUUUCUUGGAAUCCUUUUCUCCGGUUUACAAACAUGCUCAUGAUUUUCUUAUUGCCAUAUCAGAACCGGUUUGUCGCCCGGAAUACAUACAUGAAUACAAACUAACAGCGUAUUCAUUGUAUGCUGCUGUGAGUGUGGGCUUGCAAACACACGACAUAAUCGAGUACCUAAAGAGACUGAGCAAAACUAGUAUACCCGAUGGCAUUGUAGAAUUCAUAAAACUCUGUACAUUAUCUUAUGGAAAAGUCAAACUGGUUUUGAAACACAAUAAGUAUUUUGUGGAAUCUCCGCAUCCGGAAGUACUGCAAAAAUUGCUCAAAGAUCCGGUCAUUCAGGAAUGUCGGUUGCGAAAAAAUGUAGAAGAAACCGUCGAAAAGGAGGGUUUUAUAACAAAUGUACAGAGUAAAACAAAAGCUAUACAGUUUGGUGCAAAGCCCACAACGAUUGUGCCGGCUGUGCCAGGAACAUCGAACCCAACGGAAGGUGCAACAGAACAGCCAACUCCGGUCGAAACCGUUGCUGUGCCUAAUGAUAUCACAACUUAUUUGAAUAAAAUUGAUAAAGACGACGAGGAAGAGGAGGAGGAUCAACAAUUAAAAACCGUUAGUUUCGAAGUGAAUCAAGAAAAGAUUGAAGUCAUACAAAAACGAUGCAUCGAACUUGAACAUCCUUUACUCGCCGAGUACGAUUUUAGAAACGAUACCGUCAAUGCUGAUAUAAACAUUGACUUGAAACCAUCCGCUGUCUUGAGACCUUAUCAGGAGAAAAGCUUGCGGAAAAUGUUCGGCAACGGGCGUGCUCGAUCCGGGGUCAUCGUUCUUCCCUGCGGUGCUGGAAAAAGUUUGGUCGGCGUGACAGCCUGUUGCACUGUGCGCAAACGAGCAUUGGUACUUUGCAAUUCUGGUGUAUCGGUCGAACAAUGGAAACAACAGUUCAAAAUGUGGUCAACGGCUGACGAUUCAAUGAUAUGUCGUUUCACGAGCGAAGCUAAGGACAAACCUAUGAAUUGCAGUAUUUUAGUCACAACUUAUUCCAUGAUCACGCAUACGCAAAAGAGAUCGUGGGAGGCUGAACAAACGAUGAAAUGGCUGCAGGAUCAAGAAUGGGGAAUAAUGGUGUUGGACGAGGUGCACACUAUACCGGCAAAAAUGUUUCGUCGUGUAUUGACGAUCGUUCAGUCGCAUUGCAAGCUCGGUCUGACCGCGACUCUAUUGCGAGAAGACGACAAAAUAGCUGAUCUCAAUUUUCUCAUUGGACCAAAACUCUACGAGGCCAAUUGGCUUGAAUUACAGAAAAGAGGUUUUAUCGCCCGGGUACAGUGUGCCGAAGUCUGGUGCGCGAUGACACCCGAAUUUUAUCGAGAAUAUCUCAGUCGUUCGUGCAAAAUGAGUCGAAAACUGCUCCUUUACGUUAUGAAUCCAAACAAAUUUCGAGCCUGCCAAUAUCUUGUUCGUUAUCACGAGAGAAGAGGCGACAAAACCAUCGUGUUUUCGGACAACGUAUUCGCCUUGAAACACUACGCCAUCAAAAUGAACAAACCAUACAUUUAUGGUCCAACGAGUCAGAGCGAAAGAAUUCAGAUACUGCAAAAUUUCAAAUACAACAUGAAAGUAAACACAAUAUUCGUCAGUAAAGUUGCUGACACAUCGUUCGAUUUGCCGGAAGCUAAUGUUUUAAUUCAAAUAUCAUCGCACGGUGGAUCAAGAAGACAGGAAGCUCAAAGAUUAGGUCGUAUCCUUCGAGCAAAAAAAGGUGCAAUUGCCGAAGAAUAUAACGCGUUUUUCUACACUCUUGUAUCUCAGGAUACAAUGGAAAUGAAUUAUUCCCGGAAACGACAGCGUUUCCUUGUCAAUCAAGGAUACGCUUACAAAGUGAUAACUAAACUCGCGGGUAUGGAGGAAGAGCAGGACAUGUUGUACAAAACACGCGAGGAACAAGGUCAAUUGUUGCAACAGGUGUUAUCAGCUAGUGACAUGGACGCCGAAGAGGAACGAAUACCCGGAGAAGGUCCUCGGCAGAUUAUUCGAAAAACGGGCAACCUGGCAUCGAUGUCAGGAGCCGAUGACGCCGUUUACUACGAGUACAAAAAGUCAGCUUCUUCUUCGACGGCAAAUAAGCAUCCAUUGUUCAAAAAAUUCCGUGCCUGAAUUCUGUCGAAUCACUUCCAUAAGAUUAUGCAUCCGGUAAAUAAAAAUUUAUAAAAUCCUUAAAAAA